ACCUAACCUCAAAAACCAAAUGUGAUUUUAAAAUGAUCCACCGAAAAUUAUUCUCUAAAACAAUAAAAUGUACCGGAAACAUAACAAUUAGGCAUUACAGAGAUGAAACAUACGAGGUUCGAGAGAGGGUGGGUCCCGAUGAAAUCUUAUCAAAAGUUUUCCAAAACAAAAAAAUCGCAUCAAAUGAGGACUGGAGAAAAGUGAGAAGUGAACUUUUAGAUUACGACCAACGAAGAACGUUCACGCCAAUUAAUAUAGAUUCAUCGAUAAUUGGGUUUUGUACAAAAGCGGAUAAGCAUCAUUUGGCUACAAGCUACUAUCAGUUUUUAAACGAUGAAAAAAUUAAACCCAAUUUGGCCACGGUGGGCAAAUACUUGAAAUUCCUUUAUGAGAAGAACUCUAUAGAAAGUUCUACUUCAGAUCAGACUGAAAUAUUAUCUAUAUACAAAGAACUCAGAAAAAAAUAUCCUGUACUGGAUUCUAUAACAUUGGAAAAUGUGAUAAUGGCUCUGUCCAUUACCAAUGAAUGGAAGUCUUGUGAAGAUUUACUGAAAGAAAUUCAAGUCACUACUGUAGGAAAUAAUGCUGCUUAUAGUGCAUUUAUCAGUGCCGCAUUCCUUAAUGGAGAAACUGAAUUAGCUUGGAAAUAUCUGAAUGAGAUGUUAGAAAAAAACAGGUAUCCCAAGUCUAUAAUAUACAUUUCAUAUUUAAAAUCUUUACAAAAGCUUAGGGCAAAAGCAUCAAUACAUGGUAAAUUAGAAGAAUUAUUUACAUUCCUCAAAGAUCAUGAUAUAAGAAUAGAAAAUGAUGUAGUAAAAACUCUUGAAGGAAUGUCUGAAACGCUAAAAAUCUCAAUAAAAUUAACAAAUGUGAACACAAAAGGAGCAUGCAGAAGUUGCUUACAACAAUUAAAGAAAUUUGAAUUAACAAAUGAGGAAUUUGAGGAACUAAAAGAUAAAAUUUUGAACAACAUUAUCUUAGGAAAAGAUAUUUUUGUUAAGACUAACCCACAGGAAUUGUCAAGGUUUGAAAAUUUCAUAGCAAGGAAACAAAAAUUUGAUGUUGUCCUUGAUGGCCUUAAUAUUGCUUAUUCAGUAGGCACCAGACAAUCGCCUCAUGUAUUCUCGACUCUGUUGGCCAAUGUUGUUAAAUAUUUUGUUAGUCAAAAUAAAGAGGUUUUAGUAUUAGGACGAGUACACAUGAAUAGGUGGCCUGUCCAAACCUGGAACUAUAUUAAAAACUCUGCCACAGUAUUCCUAACACAAAAUAUCUCAGAAGAUGAUCCAUAUUUACUUUACUGUGGUCUCAAUUCUGGUAAAAAUACCAUAAUUGUUACCAGGGACUUAAUGAGGAGUCACAGAUUUUUAUUAAAAUCUGUUAAACACAAAAUUUUGUUCAAUAGAUGGUUAAGCCAAAGACAGCAUCAGUUUCUGAGAACUGAUGCUAGAGGACAACCUGUAUUCAAAUAUCCGUUGCCGUUCACUCCAAGCGCACAAAAAAUCGAAAAUUAUUGGCAUCUACCCUUUGACGAAGUCGAAAAUCAGAAACAAGAAUACAUUAAUUCGUGGUGCUGCGUAAAAUUAGAAUAAAUAAAUGAUUUUGUAGACAGUUUUUUAAAAUA